CCGAUAAACAGCUACAUGAACGGUUACGGUGGUUACGGGAGCACCACCGUGCCGGGUGGAUCGCCCUCACCUUAUCAUCAAGCCCAGCCGGGAUCUCAAAUGUCGAGCCACAGUCCGAGCGGUAGUAGCAUAAAAUCGGAGCCGACGAGUCCCGCGAGCGGUGGGAUUCACACACCGACGCCAACGGGCGCGUCGUCGACGGCCGCUGCCGGUGGCCAAAUAGUUAAACGGGAAUACAUGGGGCAACAACAGACCCAACAAACUCAGGGUGAUCUCAGGCAAAUGAUCUCCAUGUAUUUGCCUCAAGGAGUGGAACAGGGAGUCGUCCAACAUGGCGCCGGUGUCUACUCGCCUGGACCAUCUCCCGAUCCCUUGGCGCAGCAUCAUACGGCGAUUCCACCUCUAACGCACAUGGCCGAGAGUGAGCGCAAAAUGUUGAAUCCAGAAACCGGCUGUUACUCGGAAUCCGUUCGGGCAUGGUAUCGAUACAUGUGGAAGAGGUUCGACGAGGAUCGACGUCCAAACGUUUCCUCCUGGGAUUCCUGUUACACGGAAAAUUAGGAGGAGUUCAUCGGUG